ACAGAGGAUCGUCCUCACACGUCGUUAGGUGCACCCGGAUCAUCAUACUCUCCUUUCUCCAAAUUUUUUUUUCCAUUUUCUCUACAUCAUUUUCCGAAAAUAAAAACCAUUUUCGAUGAAUUAAAUAAACAUCAACAACAACAAACGAUACGCGAAAAAAAAGUCAGUGUUUCUCAAACAGGUGCGAAUACUUAAUGCCCUCUUUCUAUCAAUUUUUACAUGAAGUGAGUUCUGACACUUGAGUUGACACGGAGCCAACUAAGGGAACCGAACCGUGUGAUGGUUUUAUAAGCAGUUGUUUCAUCUCUUCGGUGAGUCUGUCUCAAUGCCCAUCGUUGGGGUAGUCGAAAUUCCUCGGAUAAACUCUUGUGGUCCGCCACACCACAUGUGCGUUCCAUAAUUCUCAGUUGACCACUGGUGCACUUUGAACUUAACCGCAUUCGUUCUUAGAAUAGUACUUUAAGUGACUGGGAUCGGACGGCCACAGAGGAUUUGUGCCAAGUUUUCGGAAGAGGGAAAAAAAAUUGGAAACCUGUUGCUUGUUAUAAAUAGAUAAAGAUUUUGAGUCGGGGAAUGCUACAAAAUACUCACAGUUGGAGCAGACGGAGAGCUAUGAAUAGUGUUUAUCGAUAAAUUUCUCUUCUGGCGUUCUCUCACAUUGCUAUUGUCGGAUUAUCAUGCUUCUUUGUGGGCAAUACUUCUAUAUGCAAUAUCAUCACAGUCAAGAAUCUGAGCAGUCAGUGUGGAUGUUUUAACAAUUAUAGAACCACUCCAUAAAGAAAAUCUCGGCCAUCAUAACACAAUGGAAAUUAAUAAUCACUUUAAUCAUCUUCAAAGAAAAGGUAUAAAAUGGGACAAAUAUAUCUCUUCAGAAAUGAGUCCCUCCACCUUUGGGUCGAGCCCGACGCUGACCAACGAUGCCAGCGAGGUGUCCCCGGCCAUCCACGAACAGCAUCUCCAGUUCCAGCAUCAGCUACUGCAGCUGAAGCAGCAGCAGCAGAUCCAGCAGCAACUCUUAUUGCAGCAUUUCCAGCAGCAACAGCAACAACUGGCUGAACAGCAUGAGAAACAACUCCAAGAAAGAAUUAAGGCUUGCAACGUUUUGUCGUUUAGAACUUGGACAACUUAUCCUGCGCAUUGCCCAACUCUCGAGUACCUCGACCACCAAAGAAAGAUGGAAGAGGAACAGAAAGAGAGGAGGGAUAUGGAAAGAUUAGAACAGCUGAAGAAAAAAGAAAAGCACGAGCAAAGUGCCAUAGCGUCAUCAGAAGUAAAGCAAAGAUUACAAGAAUUCGUAUUAAACAAAAAGCAGCGCGAAGCUGCUGUCAAUAGCACGAAUAAAUCUCCAUCCAACUACCGUAAUUGGCCAACAGUUCUUGGAAAAUACGAAGACGAUUUUCCAUUGAGAAAAACUGCAUCUGAACCUAACCUCAAAGUGCGAUCGGUCUUGAAACAGAAGGUCAUUGACCGCAGGAGUAGCCCCCUGCUCAGGAGAAAGGACAAAGGGCCAGGGCCCAUAAAGAGGAGGACUCCACUCUCAAUUGAGAACAGCAAAUGUGAUAGCACGCCUGGUUCGUCGCCGCCUAAUGGAGCCCCUUUGCAGUCCAUGCCAGGUAUCAAUGGGAGAUCCACGAUCCAAGAGGAGAGCCCGACAUCCCUGUACAAUUCUGUGAGUAGUCAGGGCAGCAUCAGUGAUUUCGCACUCUAUUCUUCUCCUUCCUUGCCAAAUAUAUCGUUAGGAAGGCCACCAGUUCCGACAUCCACUGCAGAACUCGGUAAAAAUGGCACAGCAGCUGGCUCUGAUGUGCAAAGUAGAGAAAUGUCAGCUAUUAGAUUGGGAAUGCCCUUGACAACCAAUGUCUUACAUUCCUUAGGAUAUUAUCCCGCAUUACCAGUUAUUGAUGGUGACUUUACUCCACCCACGAGUCCUGGUUACAUGCAACCUACCAAAAUAUUGGAUGGAUCCACUGGCUUGUCAGGAAUGCUCAGAGUCUAUCCAGCUACCAUCACCGAUGCCCAAGUCGCGCAGGCUCGGUUACACAGUGCUUGUUGUUUCAGAACCAUUCAAAGACCCCUCGGUAGAACUCAGUCAGCGCCACUACCUCUGGGCCAUCCUAUGCUGCAACCUCAAGCUAUCCUCUUAUCACCUCAACAGAAUGAACAGUAUGCAAGAGAAAAAAGACUGUGUGAGCAACAGCAACAUAAUCUUUUGAAACAGCAUAUUCGUCAGACUGUUUUGACCCGAGCGAGCAGUAAGAACCAGGUGGAGAACGUGGAGGAGGAGACUGAAGCCGCCAUGGCCCAAGAGAUGAAAGAGGCCGAGCAGCCGGAGGUGAUAGACCUCACAGACGGAAGGCCCAAAGAAUACGAGACCCCUCAGCAACAACGAGACAGAGAGAUGUUCGUGCAGCAGCACAGGGACUACAUGGCGAAGCAUGCAUUGCAAAUCAAUGACGGUUCAUUUAUGACUAGGCAUCACAUGGGCAGACCUCUUUCGAGGACAUUAUCCAGUCCACUUGUGGCCCUCAGUCCAAUCGGUAGUCCUCAAGAAACUCAAGUUCCUAAUGCGCAUACUUUCACAACAGGUGUUGUGUAUGAUAGUUUAAUGCUUAAACAUCAGUGUAUCUGUGGGAACAAUGGCCAUCAUCCUGAACAUGGUGGUAGACUUCAGAGCAUAUGGGCCAGACUGCAGGAAACUGGACUUAUCAACAGAUGUGAACGUGUCCGAUCACGUAAAGCAACAUUAGAAGAAUUACAGUCUUGUCACAGUGAAAGCUAUGUGAUGUUAUUUGGAACUAAUCCUCUGAACAGGCCAAAACUUGAUGCCAGUAAACUGGCUGAUCUUCCUAUGAAAAAUUUUGUGAUGCUGCAGUGCGGUGGGAUAGGUGUCGACUCAGACACGAUAUGGAAUGAUCUGCACUCGGCCAGCGCUUCGAGAAUGGCUGCGGGUUGCGUCAUUGAAUUGGCCAUGAAAGUUGCCACUUCAGAAAUCAAAAAUGGUUUUGCUGUUGUUCGACCUCCAGGUCAUCAUGCUGAACAUCAACAAGCCAUGGGAUUCUGCUUCUUCAAUUCCGUGGCGAUUGCAGCCAAGCAGUUAAGAGAAAAACUGAAAUUGGAGAAGAUAUUAAUUCUGGACUGGGAUGUCCAUCAUGGCAAUGGGCUUCAGCAAAUCUUUUACGACGACCCUCAUGUAUUAUACAUUUCACUACAUCGACAUGACGACGGCAACUUCUUUCCUGGCACUGGUGCUACUGAAGAAGUUGGAACUGAUGAUGGCAUUGGAUUCAAUAUCAACAUAGCUUGGUCCAGUGGUUUAAAUCCUCCUUUAGGAGAUGCAGAAUAUAUGGCUGCUUUUAGAUCUCUUGUCAUACCAAUCAUACGUGACUUUGAUCCCGAAAUCAUCUUAGUAGCUGCAGGUUUCGAUGCAGCUUGUGGUCAUCCUGCCCCUCUUGGCGGUUACAGAAUUUCACCUGCUUGUUUUGGAUUCAUGACACAACAAUUGAUGCAUUUUGCCAAAGGAAAAGUAGUUUUAGCAUUGGAAGGAGGCUACGAUCUUCCAGCUAUUUGUGAUUGCUCCCAGGAGUGUGUGAAGGCUUUGCUCGGAGAAGAGUGCACUCCAAUCAAAGAGGAGGAAAUGCAAAGGAAACCCUGCCAAUCGGCACUUGAAGUACUUCAGAAAACCAUCGCUGUCCAAGCCACCCACUGGCCGUGCAUCAAGCGGUGGGCGCACACCAUUGGCUACUCCGCCGUGGAGGCUCAGCAGAAGGAGAAGGAAGAAGUAGAGACUGUCACAGCUCUUGCAUCUUUAUCAAUGGCAGUACCUCACGGUCACAUCCAAAGUCCUGAUGAAAAAGAGAACGUCGAAAUUGAGGAGCCCAUGGAAGAAGAUCAGGAGAAGUGAAGAGAGAAAGAGAGCAAACUUUUCCACCGGAUGGAGUCGCAUCCUGGACAAAGAUGCCAGUUGUUUCGCACAAAAUACUAUUUGUUUUUUCUUGUCUUUGUGGCACUAGCAUCACCAUAUUCUUAUGCAAUUGUCCAUAGAAAGAGGAGGCUUUGCCACAACUUUGGAGAUCUAAAUCGAAGACAUAAAAAAAAAGAAGAAAAAAAGAAGAAGAAAAUUUAAAAAGGAUUAACAAAUGCUGCAAAUAUUCUCACACUCUGUGUAAAGAUUACAGAGAAUAACUCGGAGUAGAAAAAAAGCCGUGGUUUAUAUUGGAAAAAAAUGACUCAUAUCACAUUCUUUAUCUUAUUAGUGGGAACUUUUUCACUCGUUUGACGUAGUAUUUCUGUUUUAAGCAGUUUUUCACUGUUAAAAUGUCACUCUUGAGAAUUUAAGACAUAUUUUAUAUGUUUGUUGAGUUGUUUUGGUGGUAAAUUUAUUAUGUAUGGGAGAAAAAUGAAUACUACACUUUUACUAUUCUUCGUGCAAUUUAAAAAUUGUCAUUGGAUUCAAACAAUUUCAAAGAUUAUUAGUUUAUUAUUAUUUUCAUUUUUAACAAAAGUCGUUUCCCUUUACAGAUUCUUUUUUCUGUGCAGAUGUAUACAGAAAAAAAAAACUUUUUUUUUUUUUUUCUUUUACGUUGUUCCACAAUUUCUUGACUCGUGGGUCCAAUAUCGAUGUAAAAUUUCUUAUUUGCAUCUGAAGACUAAAAUUCUGAAUUUACCUUCUUAGAUUUGAUCUAUGAGAUGCUGUGUGUACAUUUGCAUUUAUGACUUGCAUAAGUUUCGUUUUCUUUCUACUAGUAUGACCGACGUACAGACCUGCACUUUCAUGGUGGUCUACAAAGUUACCAUUUUAUCUACAGCUUGUAGCCGGCUGGACAUUGAUGUGAGAACGUUGAUUGCUACACACAUUUCAAGAUACUACAUUUCAUCAUUUAUGUACAUUUUAGUUUCAUCUUUCUUUGUAAAAUUUCAUCCUGAUAUCCUAUUAAUAGCUUUGUAUAUAGCAGUUAAGUUUCCUACUUUGAAAUGUGCUUUAGUUUUUAUAUAUAUAUAUAUAUAUUAUUUUAACUAUUUGCAUCUCAAUUCAGUGGCACAUAAAUUGUUUUAUGUCAUAUUUUCACAUUCACUGAUUUUUUUUUUUUUUACGUUAAUUUAUUUCUCGAGUUCGAAAUUAUUUAGUUGUGAAUAUAAUUUGAAAUGUUGCAAUUUCCAGAAAGAAUCUAAUGAUUCUCUUUUAUGUCAGUUUUAUUA